AUGGCUCGUGGAAACCAGCGUGAGAAAGCGCGUGAGAAAACCCAGAAGGAGAUGGCCGCGCAGAAGAAGAAAAACACCCAGUCUGGCACAGAGUUCGCUCGUACAAAGGAGGCCCAGGCCGCCAUCAUGCGCCAGAAACAAGAAGCAGCAAACGCCAAGAAGGCUGCUGAAGCCUCCAAAAAGAAAUAA